GCCCCGCCCCAAAGUUACCCUCCUUUAAAGUCGAGAGAGAGAGGGCGCGCGACAGGGAUGUGUCAAGCGAGAUCGACGCAAGAAACCAGCACCGAGCUACAGUAACAGUACCCACCAUUGCUCCCCUUUUUCCCCUUGCCUCCACUAAUAUCCCGCGCCCCCCUCCCGGCUCUCAUUAUAUGCUCGCUGGGGCACCAUCGCUCCCCAUCCCAAGCCCUAUGCGCUAGUAGGUUGCGCGUCAGAACCGCCGCAGGAGGAAGAGCGCAGAGCUGGCUUGCUGAUCGGUAGAGCUUUGCUUGAUUUUCUUGCUUGCUUGGAAGGAGGAGGAGGAGGAGGAGAUCAUGGGGAGGGGAAGGGUCGAGCUGAAGCGCAUCGAGAACAAGAUCAACCGGCAGGUCACCUUCUCCAAGCGCCGCAACGGCCUGCUCAAGAAGGCCUACGAGCUCUCCGUGCUCUGCGACGCCGAGGUGGCGCUUAUCAUCUUCUCCAGCCGCGGCAAGCUCUACGAGUUCGGCAGCGCCGGCACAACAAAAACAUUGGAAAGAUACCAACACUGCUGCUAUAAUGCUCAAGAUUCCAAUGGCGCACUAUCUGAAACUCAGAGCUGGUACCAGGAAAUGUCAAAGCUAAAGGCAAAAUUCGAAGCUUUGCAGCGAACUCAGAGACACUUGCUUGGGGAGGACCUAGGACCGCUCAGCGUGAAAGAACUGCAGCAGCUGGAGAAACAGCUAGAAUGUUCUCUGUCACUGGCCAGACAGCGAAAGACACAACUUAUGAUGGAGCAGGUGGAGGAACUUCGGAGGAAGGAGCGUCAGCUGGGAGACAUCAACAGGCAACUCAAGCACAAGCUCGACGCUGAAGGCAGCAACAGCAACAACUACAGGGCCAUGCAGCAGAUCACCUGGGCUGCCGGCACCGUCGUGGAUGAAGGCGCCGCCGCAUAUCACAUGCAGCAGCAGCAGCAGCAGCAGCACCCUAAUCAUUCCGCUGCUAUGGACUGUGAACCCACUCUGCAAAUUGGGUACCCUCAUCAGUUCGCGGCUCCUGAUCAGGCAGCCAAUAAUAUUCCACGGAGCAGCGCCCCCGGAGGGGAGAACAACUUCAUGCUGGGGUGGGUUCUCUGAGCUACCGAGCUGCUAGCGCAGCUGGUUAGCUUGUCUGCCCAUCAGCCAAGAAACCAAAUAAAAUGCGUGUGCUGCUCCCGCAUGCUCUACACGAGAAGUACCCUGCGUGGCGCGUGCCUCUUUCUUUAUUUUUACUCGUUGUUUGUGUGUGUAAGAAGUAAGAACCAAGAACCACUUCUAUAUUUUGAGUAUUUGAACCACUACAUGGCUCUUGUAAAAUACUUGCAAGUUCCAAGCUGUCCAUGCAUGCAUGCCAAGUUAUCUACCAGUAAAACUAUAAUUUGUGGACAA